CGCAUUUUUGUUUUGGUUCUCGACGUGAACGGACGUGUGUGCUUGUGUGAUGCGGCGCCAGUUGGCAGGUAGCGUAGUUUACCUUUGCCGCUCUACAAAAGUCAAAUAACAAUAAUAAUCGCAACAACAACAACGACGACGACAACUGCAACAAUAACAAUAGGCGCAUUCUUAAUUGUGUUUACCUUUCGAUUGUCAUUCGCCAGUGUUACAUACACAGUCACACACAUAUAUGAACAUACAUUUUAUAACUGUGUAUCGUCGCGUCUCCUCUUUGCCCCCCUCUUCACCCACCUCUUUUUGUUUGUUUGUUUUUGGUUCUUGUUCUCUCGGUUUUCCUUCAAUUGGAAUGUGCUGCGAAAAGAAAGGCAAGAAGAAAAGCCAAGCGCAAAGCAAAGAAAAGCAAGAACGAAUCAAAUCAGAGCAGCGGUAUAAAAAUUUAUAUAAGCACUAAAGCGCACAUAACAUAAUUUACUAUUCACACACACACACGCAGACACUCAAGGCAACUACUUCAAAAAAGCAGUAAUAAAUACAAUUUUACACAUUCACAUUCCAUUUUAAUUCUGUUGUGUGUGAAAAACUUAUAAGAGAAAAAAAUAACAAAAACAACUGCAAAUAACAAAAGUAUCAACAACAACAAAAAUAACAACAACAACACAGCAUAGCAAAGCAGCGAAGUCAACCUCAAAGGAGAAGAAGAAGCAAGAUAAAUACAUAGCAAUUUCGACUAAAUAAAGUUUACCAAACGUCGUCGGUACAACCGGAACACGUUCCGUUCUCCCGUUUCUGUUUCUUCGAUUUUCCGUUUGUUCCGCGCGCUACUCUCUCGCGGGAGAGAGAUUUGCCACUUGUUGCCGGUUGUGGUGGUACUCCCUUUCUAAGUAUUCCAUUUCCCAUUCCAUCGAUAUUGGAUUCGAUUUGACAACUGAUUGAUUUGAUCCACCCACUGCCGGAGAUUUGUGGAACGACGACUCUCAGUGGAAGCAGAAGGACCAGGAACCAGUGGAAGGCAUGCAGUUGAUGGCCAGCGGUUACUCCUCCUGUUACUCCUGCAGCAGCUCCAUUUCCUUCAGUUCCUCCCGUUCCAGUUCCAGUUCCCUGGGUAACAAUCUCUCGCGAUGGAGAGCGAUGGUCAGCAGGAGGUUGGGGGCGGAAUUGCCCCACCGUUAUGUCGCAUCUGCAUCACCACCCACCAUCAGCAACAACAGAACAACAUCACUGCAACAGUCACCACAGCCCUGCCCAUGAUACCCAUCUUCGGCGAGGAUGCGCUUUGGCAGAAGAUUACCACGCUGGCCAACGUCAAGAUCAGCAAAAACGACACCCUACCGCAACAGGUGUGUGUGAGCUGUGCGAAGACGGUCAUUUCGGCCUGCGUUUUCAAAAAGAAGUGCGAGGAGGCGGAUAACUUUUACCGCCAAAAAUUGAGGCUCCAGAAGAUCGAGAGUGCGGAUCCGCUGGAGAACAGCGCCGCCGCCGACCAGACCAAAAGCAGCGGCUGCAGCAGUGGCAGCGGAAGCAGCAGUGCCAGCGGAAGUGGCAGCAGUUCCACCAGCAGCAGUUCCUCCUCCUCCGACGAGGACGAGGACAAUGAUCACGAUCACGAUCACGAUCACGAUCAGGAUAAUGACAAUGAAGUUGAGGCUGGCGAGGCACACAAGCUUCUGCCAAAUGGUCAUGGCCAGUCCAUCAAUGGCCAUCGGGACGAGGACGACGAUGAUGUGGUCCACGAGCAUAUGGAUGACCAUAACGAAACUGGCCAUGACGGGGAGCGAGACGAUGAUCAAGAAGACGACCAUCAUCGAAACGGUCUUGAGUUAAGGGGAACAAAUCCUGAGAAUGAGGAUGAUGUGGAGGAGAUAAAUCCCCUGAACCACCACCACCAUAACCACAACGACGAUGGGGAGAUAACCGUCCAUGGCGUGCACCCCAAGGAGCCGUUCGACUUCAACUCCAUUCGCCUGAUGCAGGAGUACAUGCAGCAUCAGAUGAACAAGUUUCCCAAUGGCUCCGCCACCGGUCCACCGGGUCAGGAUAUGGAGCUCGAUCUCGACCAGCAGCAGCAUCACCACGACGACGAUGAUGACGAUGACGAGGACAUGUCGCUGCCGCUGAUACCCGAAAUCGAGUUGAUCACGCCAGGCGACGAAGCAUCGGCGGAUCUCUCAAAUCCAAAUGAUUUGGUCAACGGAGGAGCCAGCGUUGGCGUGGCUCAGGGAAUGCGGGGACCUGGUUUCCAGUGUCCCCAUUGCUAUCAGAUCUUCGAGAUGAAGCAGAUCCUCAAGGCGCACAUGCAAAGCGUCCAUGGAGCACCGGGGCCGGUGUACGAGUGCAGCAAUUGCCGCAAAACAUAUUUCUACAAACGUUUUCUGGAGAAGCACAUACGGCGUGGUCGGUGCGUGAAGAAGCGUCGCAAUCAAACUCGGCCCAUGCAGUGCUCGGAUUGCCAUGUCCUCUUUCCCACGGGCCACCAUUUGGGCUGGCAUAAGCGCACCGGUUGUCCUUCCAAGGCAGCCAAAAUGCCCCUGCAGCAGCUAUUUAAGCAGAACAUUGUGCAGUUCAACAAUUUCCCCAAGCGGAUCGCUGCCGGAGGAGCACGUAAGCCCACGGCUCCUGAACUGCAUGUGAAUAAUCGCAAACUGGGCCUAGCCAACAAGAGAAAGGGACGCACUCGCAUCAAGUUGGAUGCCAAGAAGAUUGCCCUGGCCAAGCAGUUGAUACUGCGCGAGGCCACCACCACGGUGAUUGCCAACGAGCUAAAUAUCUCACGCACCUUCGCCUGGCGCCUGCGCAAAAGUCUGGUUAAUGGUGUCAGUCUGCAUGAGCGCGUGGUGGAUCCAUCCCAGGAGGAGCAUCACCUCCAACAGCUGCAGCAGCAGCACCAUCAGCAGCUACAGCUGCAGCAGCAGCAUCAGCAGGAGGAGCAACAGCAACAGGCCGCUGCUGUGGCAGCGGCACAAGCGGAACGGGAACGUGAACGUGAACGUGAGCAUCAUCAUCUGAACCUUCCCUAUAGCCACCUUGGCUUGGGUCUAAUCAAAGAGGAGCGGCAGGACAGCGAGGAUGAAGAGCAGCAGCAGCAGCAGCAUCAGCAGCAGCAGCAGCAACGUCAUCACCAUCAUUCACAUCAUCAACUGGGUCUGGUGGAUGAGUGCGGAGCGGAGGAGAUCGGCGCCGAGGAGACGGCUGGCUAUAUGGGGGAUGAGGAUGCCGUUUGUGGAUUGCUCCACAAUGGCUAUGAUCCCGAUCCCGAUUCUGAUCCCAUUGAGCACGAUCCCUUCGAGGGCACCGAGAACAACGACCAUCACUCGAAUGGUGGGCGACCGGGUUCGGUUUCGCCCGCGCCACCGCUACCGCCGCCAUCGCUGGGAAGUUCUGGUGUUCCGGUGCCGGUGCCGGUGCAGGUCCACGCUGCCGCGCGAUCCGAUGUUGAGGUCUAUAAACGUCUGCUGGCCGAAUCGCAGCACUUCCCCCACAUCGUCAACGCCCAGCAGUUGCAGAUGCAGCAGCAGCAUCGCGAGCGGGAGCGGGAGCAGCGGGAACGUGAACGUGAGCAACUGCAGCACCAAAAGGCCCACAACGGCGGAAUGCCGAUGCUGACUCGUUAUCCGCCCGCCGUCAUGCACGCCCUGCCCGUCAACCUGUCCCUGCGCUCAAUGCCCCACAUGAACAGCAACGAGAGCAAUGGCAGCUCCAGCAGCAACACGGCAGGCCCAGUGCCCGUUUCUGGCUCAUCCGCUGCAUCUGCGUCGGCGACGCCCACCGGCAAGAAGCCACGCAAGCCGAACGUAUUCAUCGAUGACGAGAAGUACGCCAUGGCCAAGUUGCUGGUGGCCCAGAACUCCUCCACCAUGGAGAUUGCACGGGCCCUCAACGUUUCCCAAAUGACGGCCUGGAAGGUGCGCGACGCCAUUCUCAAGGGAGUGCCGCUCUCCUACCGCAACAAGCGAUCCGAUGGCAGGCAUUCGGAGGAGUUCACCGCCAAGGAGCAACAGCAGCAGCAACAACAGCAACAGCAACAACAGGAGCAACAGCAACGCCAGCAGGAGAUUCAGCGACAGCAGCAACAUCAGCAACAGCAAAUGGAGCAAAUGGAGCUAAUCAAACAGCAACGCCAGCAACAGGAGUUGCUGCUUCAACAGCAGCAACAGCAGCAGCAACAGCAACAGCAGCUGCGUCAUCACACACCAGCGGACACAUCACACUAUCAGCAACAGCAACAAACGCCACCAAAGUUGCUACAUCCUCGCCGCCGGCUAAAGGCCGCCGAACGCGAACUGCGCGACAAGGAGAUCACGCGCGAAAUACUCGAGCUAAUCAAGGAGGACAGCAACAUACAGUACUGGAAGGUGUCGGCCCGCCUGGCCGAGAAGGGUAUCAAUAUAUCGCCCUCGUCCGUCUGCCAGAAGCUCAAAUCGAUGGGCAUCCACCGGCGCUGGAAGCCGGGCGACAAGCCACCCAUGCUGGCCAUUAGUCAGCUGAAAGCGGCCACGGUGGCGGCCGCAGCAGCGGCAGCUAGCUUGGCCGGCGUCGGCGGUGUUGUCGGUGGCGGUGUUGUCGGUGGCGGUGGCGGUGGCGGCAACGGCAGCGCUGGACUGGCCGGCAACAGUUUUGGCCUGGCCGACGACAGCUACGAACAGCAGCAGUUUGACAUGGGCGGGCCACACUUUCUCAGUGCCUUCACGCGCUAGCCGAUCGACCGGAAGUCGUCCUUCCCAUCUUCACCUAGAGUUAAAUAAUACACGCAUUGGAGUGGAUCAGAAUCGUAGGGCAGCAAGUAAGCUAUCGGGCAAUUCUUAGGCACUUUGACUUUGAACUUGUAGGUCUACGAGUUUUCAACAUAAAAUGCCUAUCAAUUGUCCACAACUAUGAUUUUUCAGUCUAAUGUAUUUUUUUUUUCGAGCCACCCUAAUCCAAAUGCAUAGACCAGCAACAACAACAACAACAACAACAACUUGUAUUUUUUAUAUAGUAUUUGAAAGAGAAAGCGCGCUUGAAAUGUAUUUGUAUUUGUAAUCGAUAUGAGAUAGCAUAUAUGGUAUGUUUCUAUAUUAGAUUUAUAUAUCCAAUAUAUAUAUGCUAAGCAUUCCUAGAAUGUAACACACACACAAAAAAAAAAAAAGAAACGCCCAAAACACUUUCAUUCCAAGCGAGAAAAAUAUUUCCUUUUAUUUCAGCAGCUUCCUUUUCCUCUUCCUCCAUCCACACGCCAACGCACACACACACACACACAUACAAAUACACUACACCAACACACACUUAGCGGAUUAUUUUGAAUAAUUUAAUUAUCAUAUUUAUUGAUCGCAUGUCCUUGUGUGUGUGUGCUUUUUAGCUGAGAAAUGUAUUUAAAGAUUUUCAUCAUAUUUUAUUUAUUUAUUUUACUCACGCACACACACACAUAAGCAAUUAUUCAGUACUGAACUUUAAUUUAGUUAAAUUAAUGCAUCAAACGAUAAAAUAACAAUCAGAACAAAGCAAA